AUCUUACUAAUUUAAAACGAAAUGUAUAAAUAAGUAAUAUAGUUUUCACAAAGGAAAUACGAUUUUUUCAGAUCAUGUCAGAUAUUCUGUAGGCUGGCCACCUCAUAGGACGGUGUGAUGGAGGGAGGUUUCAACCACUCAGUGACUGAGACUUUACAGUUACCCGCAAAGCGAGACCCUCUCUACAUCGUCAUCCCCAUCACCAUCGCCUAUUCGAUCAUCUUCUUCUCCGGAGUCACUGGGAACAUCGUCACCUGUAUUGUCAUUGCAAGAAACAAGCAUAUGCACACAGCGACCAACUACUAUCUCUUCAGCCUCGCUAUUUCCGACUUACUUCUUCUUGUUUCCGGUCUUCCUCAGGAAAUGUAUUCGAUCUGGUCAAGGUAUCCCUACGUGUUCGGAGAAGUGUUCUGCGUGUUGCGAGGAUUAGCAGCAGAGACGUCAGCCAAUGCUACUGUUCUCACCAUCACAGCAUUUACUGUAGAGAGAUACGUAGCCAUCUGCCACCCCUUCUACUCACACACCCUCAGCAAGCUGUCCAGGGCCGUGAGACUGAUCCUCGUCAUAUGGGCUGUGGCCUUGACAUUCGCCAUUCCUCAGGCCCUACAGUUCGGGGUGACUCGGGGGAAAAGACCGGAGAUGGUGCAGUGUCAAGUGCUCAAGGAGAAGGAGAUCAGACACUCUUUCGAGAUCUCGACGUUUCUGUUCUUCGUGCUGCCGAUGACCGUCAUCACGGUGCUGUACGCGUUGAUAGGGCUGCGGCUGAGGAGGUCUGCGCUGCUCAAGAAGACCUCUGGAUCCUUCAGCCGUCACCAGGAGACCAACAGGAGCGUUUGUAGGUCUGCCAGCUCCCGUCGAGUGCUCAAGAUGCUAGUGGCUGUAGUGGUCGCAUUCUUCAUCUGCUGGGCGCCGUUCCAUGCUCAGCGCCUGGUCGCCAUCUACGGUGUGGGUUCAGGUCAAGAGCCUGUGUCGCCGGUCGUCCUGCACGUCUACGUGGUCGUCACCUACCUCUCUGGCAUCCUCUACUACGUGUCAACCACCGUCAACCCCAUCCUCUACCACAUCAUGUCUCUCAAGUUCCGCGAGGCGUUCAAGGACAGUUUGUGCCGGUGCUGCUGUGGUGCGACCGGACGACGAAGCUACUCCGUGCUCUCUAGACAGCAGAGGGCGUUCAACGGGCCAGGUUCAAAAAGCGUGACUGCCACAGACUCACAAUCUGCCCCCUCCCACUCGGACAGAGGAGACUCUAGUGUGAAGGGCCAGAAGUCGGAGAGUAGCUACAUAACACCAGACAUCAUGGAGACGAGGUUGGGCGCGACCGAGAAGACGACCACGAUGUCGUGCAUAUCGUGCCUGCAUCGCGAGACAACUAUGGAGCAGUACGUGGUAACUGACCAAGCGGGUCUUGGUAAUCAUCACGAGACUGACCGCAACCUUCACAACAACAUCAGCAACUCCAGUCUGCAAGAUGUGGACCACGCUGAGCUGCAGAAGGAGUUAGAGUUGUACAUGCAGAACAUCUCCAAACGGUACCACGACAGGUAUAACUAGUUAUUCAGUGUUGGCUAAUCUUCGGCUCUCUGUCAUCAAGUUCUCCUCUCCGUGGAUGGUGACUGUAUUCCAUUAAAAUACUGUGAUUUUUUAUAUUGUACGCUUGUCCUAGUUUAUUUAUUUUUCCUAAGUAAGAUAGGUUAUUGUAUUUUAUCAUGCUAAGUCUCUUCGCCUCUUGUGCGCAAUCAUAUUAGAUCUUAUUAAUGUAACAAAUGUGUAUUUAAAUUCUUCAAAACAUAAUAUGCAGUUUUUGCGUUCACACAACUUUUUCAGAUUCUUAUAUUUUUUUUAAUGUUUGUACUUGCAUUUAAAAAUAAUGAUUUCAUUAAU